UCAGAAGCCUCUUCACCUCAGCGAGCGCUGAGCGCCGCGCCCCAGUCUGCGAGACGCGUACAGAAACAAACGGCUGCAGACAGAAACAGUGAACAAAAUCCCGCUAACGGAGAAAAACCUCGAGCUCCCCGUCUGUCACCGAGUCGCUGUCCACUCCGACCGCACAUCUAGACCCAAAUAAGCGUGUGUGAUGAACGGAGACUCCGGUGCAGGGGUGGUGACGGCCCCCCCGCCCACCAACCCCCCUCAUAAGGAGCGCUAUUUCGACCGCGUGGACGAGAGCAGCCCGGAGUACCAGAGAGAGAGGAACAUGGCGCCGGACCUGCGGCAGGACUUCAACAUGAUGGAGCAGCGCAAGAGAGUCUCCAUGAUCCUGCAGAGUCCAGCGUUCUGUGAUGAGCUGGAGUCUCUGAUCCAGGAUCAGAUGAAGAAAGGGAAAACCCCCACCAGUUUGCUGGCGCUGCAGCAGAUCGCUGACUUCAUGACCACCAGCGUGCCCACCAUGUACCCCGCGGCCCCCCAGGGAGGCAUGGCGGCCCUCAACAUGAGUCUGGGGAUGGUGACUCCAGUGAAUGAUCUGAGAGGUUCAGACUCCAUCGCUUAUGAGAAAGGAGAGAAGCUCUUACGCUGUAAACUCGCCGGGUUUUAUCGCCUGGCCGACCUUUUCGGCUGGUCUCAGCUCAUCUACAACCACCUGACGGUCCGGCUGAACUCUGAACAGGAGCGUUUUCUGAUUGUCCCUUUCGGGCUUCUGUACAGUGAAGUCACUGCCUCCAGUUUGGUCAAGAUUAACCUGCAGGGGGAGAUUGUAGACAGAGGCAGCACUAAUCUGGGCGUAAAUCAGGCUGGAUUCACCCUUCACUCCGCCAUCUACGCUGCCCGACCGGACGUCAAGUGCAUAGUGCACAUUCACACACCCGCUGGCGCCGCGGUGUCUGCCAUGAAGUGUGGUCUGCUGCCCAUUUCCCCCGAGGCUCUGUCGCUGGGCGAGGUUUCAUACCACGAUUACCACGGUAUCCUGGUGGACGACGAGGAGCGCGUCCUCAUACAGAAGAACCUGGGUCCCAAGAGCAAGGUGUUGAUUUUGAGGAAUCACGGUCUGGUGUCUGUUGGAGAAACAGUUGAAGAGGCAUUUUACUACAUUCACAACCUGGUCACAGCCUGCGAGAUUCAGGUGAACACCAAAUUACAACUUUCCAUUUCUGAACAUUUUAAUGUGAUAAUGUUAGACAGUGGAGGGUGUAAUUACAGGCUGGUUAUGUUGGAGCCGGUCGGAGACGGGUCCGGCUCGCACCCCAACUGGCAGAUCGGGGAGCAGGAGUUUGAGGCCUUGAUGAGGAUGCUGGAUAAUCUGGGCUACAGGACCGGAUAUCCGUACCGCUGCCCCGCGCUGCGUGAUAAAGCAAAAAAGUACAGUGAUGUUGAGAUCCCCCCUUCAGCCACGAGCUACUCAUACGCUGAGGACAGUGACUCGGGUGCGCGCUCCCCGUUAAAGCACAGCUUUCAGCGGCAGCAGCGGGACAAGACUCGCUGGCUAGCGUAGGGGACUGUGAAGGGGGGGAGGGAGGGAGGGGUAGAGGCGAGGACUAGGUGUGGGGUGUGGACGAACAUAACACACGAUCACGUGAAACCCUUGCUGCAGUCUCUCUCGUCCGGUGUCUGCGUGCCAAGCUGUAUUACCAACUGCUUGUGGACUAAGGAGGACAGUCUCCGUCAGGCUGCUGUGGCCAAUCAGUUCGUCCCUCUGAACACCAACCCCAAAGAGGUCCAAGAGAUGCGCAACAAGGUAUCAAUUCAAGAUCAGGAUGAGUUUACGGCAGGUCCACAGUCGCAGGUGCUCACAGGUGCCGUGGUUGACCGCUCCUAUGUCCAGAGAGUGACUGUAUGGCACCUGACUCUACUGUUGCAGGACGCUCCUCUCUCAGACUGUACGGACUCUAUUGAUGGCACUGACCCUUCAGGGAGCUUUAGUCCCUCUAGGUCUGUUCGAAAGGGGGAGCUAGUGACCGCGUCGAAAGCCAUCAUCGAGAAGGAGUACCAGCCUCGUGUCGUGGUCAGUAAAACUGGACCGAACCCCUUCAACAAGCUCACAGACCACGAGCUGGAGGAGUAUCGCAAGGAAGUGGAGCUCAAGCAGAAAGGCACAGAAGGUAAGAACACAAAUACUGUCCGAUCAAUACUGAGACUGAAACGUCACGUGCGGGAAGGAGGGGAUCCGCAGGCCACUGCGACCCCCCCGCCCUCCAUAAUCUCCAGCCGCGGCACUGAGUCGGGUCGGGACAGCCCUGCGGAUCCUCCAGGAUCCCCUCAGAAGGAGUUUCUCUCGGCGGUGCUGAAAGCUCUGGGCUGUGAUGUUGAGUCUGAGCCGUCUGCAGGUCAGACACCGGAGGCUGAAGAGGAGAAGGUCCCCAGCUCACCUGUGCGUCUGGAGGAAGAGGCACAGCAGGAGCAGACGUUUAAAGACGAGACCCUCCCCGAUCUGACCCCCGACGAAGUCUUCGAAGACCCCGCCCUCCCUGCAGAAGACCCCGCCCCUGAGCAGGCAGACCCCGCCCCUCAGUCAGAAGGGGAGGAGCCUGUUGCCGGGGACGACGCGGCUGGUGAUCACGGCAGCGACGAAUCGCCCAACAAAUCCCCGUCAAAGAAGAAGAAAAAGUUUCGCACCCCAUCGUUCCUGAAGAAAAACAAAAAGAAGUCCGAAACCCAGUGAGGAAGCUUUGCUCAGGCCUCCGGCUUGAAAUCGAUUCGUUUUUGUACCAUGUUCACAUUCAGCGUGUCGAUCUUUUUAUUAAAGCUUCAGAUUGUUUUUAUUCUUUUAAUAAAUGCUGGCUGAAGUGCAGUUUAAAGUGCGGCUCGUCAUGUUCAACACGUCUGUUUUUAUAAACCAACAACCGCUACAAUGUAUCGCAAAUGUAUCCGAUGUUACUGUUAGAGGAAAUGAAUCGAUGAAAGACUUCCUCCUGGUGUUUAAUGGAGUCUCUGCUCUGCUGCAUGUUUACGAGUCUUCAGAUCACAUCUAUAAACACCUGCAGAGAAAUGCCUCGUAUGAUCAUAACCUGUAAGACUAGACCAGAAUAUUCUGAUUUGUUUUUGGAUGGAAAUAACCUGUUUAUCACACAUUUCACGAUAAAGGCAUGUUUUGUUUGGUUUAAAGAAGAUGAAGCUUUUAUUGUGAUAUUUUACAUAACAAAUAAGCACAUUUCCCUCCCAAUUAUCUGCAAAAUACAUUUUUUGUGUGUGUGUGUGUGAAAUCCAAAAUGAGUCAAAAUGUUUUUAAUUGCUAUGAAAAUAAAGCCAUAAUGCAAAAUCUCUUACUUAUUAAGAAAUUAAUUUCUGAAUGCAA